AAAAACUGGCAGCCCAAAUGCUGACUGUGUAAAAGAUGUAUAGUAGCUUGCACAUCAAAAGCCUGCAGGCCCCUGGUGCAUCCACACCUGCAGUGCCUGCAAAGGAGCCUGGACCACAGUGUCUCCCGGUGAGCAGGAUGUUCAUGGAAAGUGGGACAUGAUAGAGAAGUAUAAAUAUAAUGGCAAAUGUGUAAAACACCUGGAUUCAGCGCAAAUGAGCUGUUCUGCUUGGAGAUGGCUCUAGACUACUCUGAAUUUUCUGAGGGCACAACUAGGCAGUCAGACUCUUGCUGUGAAAACCUCAGGUUUCUGUACCUCCUUGAAGUGGUCCAUUUCUUCCCUUCUCCCUUUAAGAACAAACAAAUAAUGAAGAACUGGUCUUAGGAGAGUUUUGAGAGGCUGCCGCUGUCUUCCAGCUGAUGUUCCAUUGGGCUCUGGAGGAGUGAAGGUCCAUUGGGUGUUGUCUUCAUGUGUUCAUGACAAGCCAUUCUUUCUAGGGGAGAUCAGUGCCCCAUGACUGCAGGAAUAUCAAGACCUGCCCCAGAGCCACUCUGUUCAUUCAGUUUGCAUUCAUACUGUGCUGCCUGUGCACUUAAUGUAUGAAUAAUAUAGUAGUUUUUUAUGACAGUUAUUCAGCAUCUACAUACUUCUGCUGGAAGGAGGGCAGAGGAGAGCAGGGCGGGGAGGUUUUUACUUAAUGAAACUGUUGUUAUUUGCUGACAAGAUCACUGAUUAUCUUAAGAAGAGGGAACUUGAUCUCCUUCCAAAUAACUAAACAGGAAUUUGCACUGCAGAAUAUGUGUGAAGUGUGUGUAUUCCAGGAAAAAAAAGACUGUUUACAGUCCCAUUGCCGUAGAGACUUCAACAUCUGUUACGAAACAACAUCAGUGAUCACAGUGUCCAUGUUCUUUACGAUGAUUUGAUUAUUUUAUCCGUAGGCCAGUGAAGCAGUACAUGAACACACGCUCCUACUAGACCCACCUCACAUGAACUCAACCUCAUGGCAAUCCCUCUGUCGUGCUUCAGAUAUUCCUAAAUGUGCUUCAAAUAUUUCUUCAUUUAGCCUGAGAAAAAUGUUCAUUAUGAAGGAGGUAUGCCAGAAAGAUGUCCCAGCUGCCUGGGCUUUUCACAUGCAGACAUUGACUCCAGGUGUCUUGGCUCUGAGAGGCGUCUGGAGGGGUCCCUGAAGGAGAGUUGGACUUUGAGUCCUGCUCCUGCAGAGUUGCAGUCACAUAACAUACACACUUGAGUCCCUCCAGGAAUGCAGCUCCACCACCCCCUCCUACCUAGAGAUCAGCAGCAGUUAGACAUGUGCAGCCUGAUGCUUCCUGGCCCUGCAGACAGACACAUGCUGCCCACGCUGUAGCUCCAACACUGCCACUACAGACCCAGGCCCAUUGUCAAUCCCACCCAGGACUGGGAGAUAGAUACUUGAGAGUCAAAGAGGUUUUUGACCAUUAAGGCAAGAGCAUAAAUUGGCAUGCAGUGUCUCAAGUGAUGGUUGGCUGGCUGCUGUUAAAGAAGAGUCCACAGUGGAUGGAACACCUAGAGGAUGGCACGCAGGUCCUUUGUGCUUGAGAGUGUGGGCCCCAAGCACCCUGCCAUCAGCUGUAUUCACUGGCCAAAGGGUAGAAGAAAGGGCUGCAUACCCACUAAGGAGGAGAGGAGACAUUUCACUCAUUUAAUUUCAUGGCUUCCAAACCCAGCCUAAAGCUGGGAGUAGAGAACAAGUGGGAAGAAAAGAACUGUUUACAUAAUCCUUUGCCCGUGAAAUGGGUCAGCGGUUCUUGCAGGAGAAGAGGAACAUAGUUUUUAAGAAAUAAACAACAUCACUUUACUUGGUAAUAGCUGGACAGUCCUGCUUUUUUGGAGAGUAAUACAGAAGUUUAUGAUGGGCUUAUAUGCCUUGUCUUUUUCCCCCAUGGUGUCUCCUCCAAACACAGCUCUGUAAAAUGGAACAUUCCUGCUGUUUUCUUUAAAGUAAUCUGUAAUUCCUUGGCCACAACGCAAAGGGAGGCACCCAUCUGUUUGUUUGGGUUUUUUUUUCUCUCUUCCACAAAUGUCUCUGUUUAUGUUAACUAGCAAAUCUAAUCAUCCAGCUCAGAGAAGAAUUACACAACUACAAACCUCCUAAGAUUUCAAUCUAAUAGCAAAUCUUGCUUAAUCUUCCAUGUUUGCUUCUUGCUUCAGAUUUGCAGCUCCUUGGCAUUACAGCUGUGCUGUGCUUCUACAUAUAAACCAGAUUAAACAGCAAAAAGAACACAGAACAGGAAAGCUGUGUUAUUUCCACCUUGCAGGACUUGCUGAAAUGAGCCUGGCUGUGUUAAACGUGAGAUAAAACUCCCACAGGGAGCAUUAUUCUGAGUGAUUCAUAUAAACACUUGAAGAAGUCAGUCUUCGUUCAGCUUCCUAGUCAAUUAAGUUCAUUUAUAAGGGAGAUACUUUUAUCAGAAGGAGGUCUGAAGGGAAGGCGAGUUACAGCUGAGACCCUCUGACCGAUGCCUCCAAGGUAAUCUCAUUCUGACAGAUUACUCCAUGGGCCAAGGAGGGCCAAUGCCUAUACUCACUCAACCUCUUAACUUUGAGGAGUCUGGACUGAAUAAGGGCUGUGUGAUUUUGACCACCCAGUUUGGCAAGGAGUGCUCCAAGGAGGUGUAACUGCUGAGUAAGUUCCUGUCUGCGUGGGCGCUCAGGAGAAGGGGCAGAGGCUGCUGGAGAAUCACGCCAGGUGAUAAGAAAUGGAUGUGAUGAUGCUCUGGUUUCUGCUGCUCCUUCUCCUGGUCAGCUUUGUCUCGCCUGCACCCAGGUUUUCGGAUAAAGAUAUCUGCCUCAUAGACAACAAUAAAUUAAGACAAAGGUUAAAACAGCUUCAAGACUUGCUUUACUUAUAUGAACUGCAACUGAAGGACAUUCAGGAGAACACUUACCAUAGAACAAAAAGUGGGCUGUUCUCAGGCAACAGGACUGUGCAGCAUGAGAUGCUUUUACCCACAACCAGUGGAAAUUUAAUAGUCUAUGACCAAGAUUGCUCCGCGGUGUAUAAUCGGAAGAAAACCAAAAAUGGUUACUACAGGAUCAGGCCAAGAGCAGAUCGAGAGCCUUUCCUGGCAUACUGUGACAUGUCUGAUGGCGGGGGAUGGACUGUCAUUCAGAGGCGGAGUAAUGGCAAGGAGAAUUUCAACAGGAAAUGGGAUGAUUACAAACUCGGAUUUGGGAAAUUCCAGGGUAAGAAUGAUGAAUACUGGCUGGGCAAUGACCACAUCUAUGAUCUCCUCUCUAGAGGAGAGAUGUCAUUGAAGAUUGAUCUGGUGGACUGGGAUGGAGAAAGACGUUAUGCAGUCUAUGAAAAUUUCCAGCUUGCAAAUGAGCAGGACAAUUACAGGUUAUGGUUUGGCACAUACUCUGGUAAUGCUGGCGACGCUCUGUCUGGUGGGAGCAAUUUUGAAGUUCAGUGGUCAGCCUCUCACAGAGGGAUGCAGUUCACCACAUCUGACAAGGAUCACGAUCGAUACCUGGCAGGCAACUGUGCAUUAGAGAACAUGGGUGGUUGGUGGUUUAACAGGUAUGGAAAACAGUUGAUUCAUCUUGGAUGCAUAGGGUAUGGGUAGAUGUACAGCCUAGAGGACUUGCCCACCUUACAGCAACUGGAGGGUUUUGUGUGUAUUUGCCACCGCACACAGCCAAAUCUAAGAUGUUCACACCUCUAGAUCCUCAAAGGAAAGCAAGCUGCCGCUUUCAUUCUGAAGCAAAGCAGGUAAGUUGCAUUCACUUUAAGAAACUGGGCCACAGGUAAGUUGCAUUAAUUUUAAGCAUAUGGGUCAAAAUAAAUGCAUGAGGGAGAAUGACCUGCAAGGAAAGGAGCCAAAUUUAAAUUCCUUAAAGUGCUUUGUGUUAUAUCCCAGGAAAGAAAACAAUUGUAGCCACUGCAAUGUGAAGUGUAUACAAAGGACAUUACUGCAGAGCAUGCCUAGGGAGUAAGCUACACCUUAGUGGUCCUGAUGGUCUGUUUGCUAGUUGGACAUAGCCCACACAUCAACAGAUAGGGGCUCAGGUUCACCAGCCUUGAGAGCGUGGAUACGCUGUGCUCAGUUUUCCUGCAGGAUGACCAGGCCCUCAUCACAUACAAACUGAAAUCCAUGGAGCUAAAAAAAAAAAUGUACAUCAAUAAAGGGAUUUACCUUGAUUAAAAGACAUCUGCAUUUUCAGGUGCCCGUACGUAGCUGACUAUACUUGAGCUAGAGCCUACAAAAUGGCACUGCACUCCUCUGUUUAGGCAGCUGAACCAUGUCGCUAGUUAAUACAUUUGAAGGCGACAAAAGUUUAAAUUACCAGACCAGCAUAGUUGUCUACUUUAGGAUGACCCACAUAAUUCUCUGGGUUCCACUAGAGGCGUUAACCAGAUCUCCAUAGGCUAUAGUAGGACUUCACUUAACCAGUUCAGUAAAGACAGAUCCAUUUAGGUGUCUGAACCUGUCAACGAAUCCCGCCCUGGGAUUUCUAAAUGCAUGUUGUGUGAAAAUUGUACUUCACUGUAAUGAUGCAAUAUCUUCCCACACUAAACCUCAUCUCCGUUUUUCCCUCUUCUACAUCGUUACAAGGUGCCAUGCUGUAAACCUCAAUGGACAAUACUACAGAAGAGGAAGGUACAGUGGAUCCCAUGACAAUGGCGUGGUUUGGUCUACAUGGCACGGGGUGUGGUACUCACUAAAAUACUCAGCCAUGAAAAUCAGGGCUCCAUUCU